AUUAAUUCAAGCAAGGAUUAAGAAAACUGCGAGGUUUGUGUUUUAACGUCCUCGCAAAAACUAAUAAUCGGUGCUGGAGGAGUCGGUAUUAUAACUGUGACAGUGACCAGGUCAUUUCUAAGUCAUAAUGGCGCAGAAAUCUGGCAGCCAGGGUGGAGAUGCUGAUGCAUUUCUGUUUGUGGACAAAACCCUCCACAAUCCACUGGCCCAAGCUGACUGGUCAGCGAAGAAAUUGGUUUGGGUUCCUUCGGAGAGGACUGGCUUUGAAGCUGCAAGCAUUAAGGAUGAAAAGGGGGACGAAGUUAUUGUUGAAUUGGUGGAAAAUGGAAAGAAAGUUACAGUCAACAAAGAUGACAUCCAGAAGAUGAAUCCUCCAAAGUUUUCCAAAGUAGAGGAUAUGGCAGAAUUGACAUGUCUGAACGAAGCCUCAGUGCUGCAUAAUCUGAGGGAGCGGUACUACUCAGGACUCAUCUAUACGUACUCAGGCCUUUUCUGUGUUGUUGUGAACCCAUACAAAAUGUUGCCCAUCUACUCUGAGAAGAUUGUCGAAAUGUACAAGGGGAAGAAACGACAUGAGAUGCCACCCCAUAUCUAUGCUAUUGCCGACACCGCAUACAGGAGCAUGCUGCAAGAUCGUGAAGACCAGUCCAUUCUGUGCACGGGCGAGUCUGGAGCUGGGAAAACAGAAAACACAAAGAAAGUAAUUCAAUAUCUGGCUGUGGUUGCUUCCUCUCACAAGAGUAAAAAAGAUGCCAAUGCAAUCCAAGAUCCUUCUUUUGCAUACGGGGAACUUGAGAAGCAACUCCUUCAAGCUAACCCCAUCCUGGAAGCCUUUGGCAAUGCAAAGACAGUGAAAAAUGACAACUCGUCUCGAUUUGGAAAAUUCAUCCGGAUCAAUUUUGAUGUCACUGGUUAUAUUGUUGGAGCAAAUAUUGACACUUAUCUGCUCGAAAAGUCUCGUGCUAUUCGUCAGGCUCCAGAGGAAAGGACAUUCCAUAUUUUCUAUUACCUUCUUGCUGGAGCUGGGGUGAAGAUGAAGGAGGAUCUCUUGCUGGAAUCGUUCAGCAGUUACCGGUUUUUAUCCAAUGGCCACGUCCCUAUUCCAGGCCAGGAUGACAAGGACAUGUUUGAGGAAACAUCAGAGGCCAUGAGCAUCAUGGGAUUUUCAAUCGAUGAACAAACCUGUAAGAACCAUCUCGCUUUUAUCUUCUCUGAACUGAAUGUGGAUUUCAAACAUGUUCAUUAA